CGUGUGCAAACGAGCUAGAGGCGUGUGCAAAAUGUGUAAUCUUCAGAAACGAUAGAAGGAAACCGUGUGCAAAACAUAUAAACGACGCGCGAAAAUAAGCGUGGUGAGGGGAGGUCUAGGUGUUUGUGGAGGUGUUGAGGAGGAUGAACUCAGACAAAUGUUACAAGUGCGGAAUACGGGGACACUUUGCCCGAGAAUGUAAAAGUGAUGGAGGAAGCGGAGGCGGUGGCGGCGGCCGUGGAGUCGACGGAGGUGGUGGUGGCCGUGUCCGUGGAAGAGGUCGUGGAGAUAAAUGCUUCAAGUGCUCUGGUUACGGUCACUUUGCCCGCGAAUGUAGGAACAACUCGGAGCGCUGCUAUAAAUGUAAUUUACUAGGCCACCUUGCAAAGGAUUGCGAGAGCAAUGUUGACUCAGGGUCCUGCUACAACUGUGGCAAGACUGGCCACAUCCAGCGUGACUGCACGCAGCCCGUGACCAAGAGCUGCUACACCUGUGGCAGCCCAGGACACAUCGCUCGGGACUGCACCUCUGGGGAGUCUCCUAGCAAACGGGACAAGAAGUGCUACACAUGUGGCGAAUCUGACCAUCUGGCCAGAGACUGUCCGCAGUCAGAGAAGACCGGAAAUUGCUUCAGAUGUGGUCAGCCUGGCCACUUUGCUCGCGAGUGCCCUGAAUGCCCCGAUGGGCCCGAUGACGAGGAAUCUGAAAUUAUUUGCUACCAGUGCAAGAACAAGGGCCACGUAGCUCGCAACUGCCCCGAGGCCUAAGCUGGUGUCAUGCUGGGGCGGAGCGAGACGGGAACAGCACUGCCGUCCAAGGUUCACCCACAUGGUUCAUAAUCAGUUUCUGUGGUGUUCUUAAAAUUUGGUUAGGUUUGUAAAAAGAUACGCCUUAAUUCAGGGUUUGGGGAGUUUGAUGUUAUGUCUAUUUAAUAUGUUCCAUAUAAAUUAUCCAUGAUUUUAUGGUUGGAUUACAUUAAGUUGUGAUUUAAAUUUAAAUUUCUUGACCAUGUGGGUAACACGGAAGGUGCACAGUGUCCCUGUCGCGGAGUACCGUCUGGAUGAGGGCGACGGGGGAGGUGUAUAGACCCCUGUCCAUCCUGGGUUCCACCCCAGUAUGUUGCUGGUGUUGUAGUGUGCAUAUUUUCUGAAUAUUGAAAGGUCUGCAUGUAAAAUGCACAUCAAUUUUCGUGUUGUUGCCCGAUGCAUACAUCGUCAUCUUGUCUUGUGCUUCACGGGUCAUCGCGUAUGGGACCCAGACUAGAGAGUUUGCGUGUUUACCCAGGUUCAAGGUCAUUUCCUUUGUGUUUCUUCAUGAUCCAAUUCGUUUAUAGAGCUGCAGACAACUGAACAAUUUUGGUCCUCUGGUUCUGAAUUAGUAUCCUGUAAAACUUUGACAAAAUCUAUUUUCUUCUUCACUGUUUGCUUAUUUUGGUGUAAAGUUUUCAGGCAACGUAAUAUGCCUUCAGUUUAAUGGUUAUGGAAUUUUUAUUAUAAUCUUUGAACCUUGUCUGCAGCAAAUGUGAUUGUUAUUUCAUGAUUAUGAUGCUCAUUCUUACCACUGGGAAAACAAAUAGAAUAAACAAAAUUAACCAUGUGGUUUGGAAAUGCCAUUGUCCAGGUCAGAUUUGUGCUUUUGUUUAGUUAUCUUGCUGUUCAUUUCUGUAUUUUGAAACUGUUUGUCCGUCAACUACACGGUUGAUUCCCGUUGGUCAGGUUUUGGAGGUGGCAAGCAGGUGGCGUUAACCUUGUGGCCGUGCAUGCAUCAGACAUUGAGGUGUAGUGCGCUAGGAUAGCACACGAUGGAGGAAGGGGCUUGGGCGCAGGGUCAGGGAGCAGCCAUCUUGGCAGAAAGGGUAGAUUGCUCAAUGAAGUGGAAAAAGUAUUGCAGUAGAGAGGUCCGACGUUUGAGUCGGUCAAUUGAGAUACUGGCUAUAUGAUGAGGAUAGCCACUUUUGGAGGGGUCGUGGGUGUCGUUAUCAAAAUCAUUUAUUUGGAGGACAAAGGAUGAACUGUUUUUGUACUAAUGUACUUAAGACACCCAGAAAAACUUUUCUUUCUUUGGUCCAAAGGGUCACACGUCCUUCACCUUCACCUUCCAUUGCUUGCUUCCAUAUUGCUGCCUGAAUUACCAGCCAGUCAGUACUGAAGCUGCUUCAUGUUCACUGGACUUGUUGUCUUGUCUGGCUGACGUAGUAGUCGAGAGAGUGUUAUUACUAUUUCCCAGAGGUUUGAGUGUUUAUUAUUGUUUAUUUGACCCCUUCACUCCGAGUGAAGGAGCAGACCCCAUUCCAUUCUCACUGUGUUGCAUUACUGGUGGGGGACUCAGCCUUAGAAAUUCAUGCUUGUGCUAGACUGACAAAUAUUACCUUAGUCUAGUAAACACAGACUUGUUGACUGUUAACAAAAUUGCCAUGAUUAGUGACAUAUUUGGUAUCUGAGCACUUUGA